AUGUCUCAAACCCUGACGCUCUACCCAGUCACGGCUUUCACUUUCACAACAAAGGACGCACAACCGGAAGAAGAUCCGUCGGUUGCAGCCCGCUUGCAACGCUUGCAAAACAACUAUGAAGACCUCGGUAUGAGGCGGACGGUCGAAGCGGUGCUGGUGGUGCACGAACAUGGGCAUCCGCACGUCCUCAUGCUUCAGAUUGCCAAUGCUUUCUUCAAACUACCGGGAGACUAUCUGAAACCAGGAGAAGAUGAAGUGGAAGGAAUCAAGGCACGAUUAGACGAGCGACUGGGGCCGGUCGAGAGCGAUCCCAACUCAUUCGGCCCCAAUGGCGAAGGGCGUAAUAAAGACGACGGAGAUUGGGAAAUUCAAGACUGCCUCGCUCAAUGGUGGAGGCCCAACUUUGAGACAUUCAUGUAUCCGUAUGCACCACCACAUGUCACCAAGCCGAAAGAGUGCAAGAAGCUCUUCCUCGUUCUCGCAGUACCCAAAAACAUGAAGUUGCUCGCAGUACCAUUGUUCGAACUCUACGACAACUCGCAACGCUACGGCCCCCAACUCGCCGCCAUCCCCCACCUCCUUUCGAGAUACAACUUCAUUUACUCGGAUUGA